UGAGUCUGGAAGACACCAUGCCUUCUAUAUAAAGAUCGGUGAAGACACUUGGAAUAUAGCAUUCAUUUCAAAUCCCUGAGAGAGUCAAUAUCGAAAAUGAGAACACACGGAACGAUCCUUACAGUUCUUCUAAUACUUACCGAAGCAAGUGGUUUAUACCUGAAACAGGAGCAUAGAAACCAAAACGCUGAUCAACUGAUUCGAUCUUGGAACAGUUUCAUCGAUAAACUGUGGAUGCCAUCGAGCCGCAAGGCACAAGAGGGCAGAUAUAAACGUAUGGAUGUAUUCAACGAAUACGAGGCCCUUACAAUGAUACCAACCAUCAUCAAGUUAUACAAGAAGGACCUUCUACUCGAAUCAGAGAAAAAUAUCAUAUCAGAUGUCUACGGAAGUCUUUGGUCUAUCAUCGAGGAGGAAGUGCACCGCAAACCCCAGACCAAAGUAAACCCAGUCUUGAAAACGAUUUUCGAUCUUUUGGAAUUCCUGAGAUCGAAACAACCAAUCCUUGGGAGCGACACUGACCAAAACACAGUGCGAAUGGUGCCUAAGUCAGCAUUUCGCAAACUCAACAUUCGAAAGUUCCAAAAUGAUAGUCCUUCACAAAGGCUAUUGAAUUUAAUGGCCAAUUUGAUACGAGCUACAUCAACUGCAACCCAAUAUAAUGUUCAGCAGAAAUCAUCCAGACGGAUCCUUAGAUCCGCACCUGCACCCAAGGUUCAUCUUAACCUAGAGCUAUCAGACAUCCCAAUAACUCAGGUCUCACGAACAACGCGGCACGCGCUUAGACCAACGGAGGAAGACGAUCUUACUGCCGCCCGUAUGGACGCAACAUUACUGAAGUUACUUGACGGCGAAGCUCAAACGGAAUCCUUUGAAGCCUACGAUGAUUAUGGCCAGCCUCUGCAGGAGAAUUAUUUUGAAGUUGACGAGAAACCUUACGAUUACGCCUUCGAUGACCACAGCGAUUAUAAUAUGUUCAGGCCGAGUUCAUAUUCCAGGUCGAGCUACGAAAACAAUUCCAUCGCUGACUUGCUUAAGAUGAUGGCACGCGAUCGAGUGCGAAGUAAGAAGUUAAAUAGAAGGAUUGGAUUUCGGCAUUAGGAUUCUGCUAAGAACAGUUUGUUAACAUACCCAAACUUAAAAAUAGUAUGUCUAGUGAUAAUAGAAACGGUGCAAUAUUUGGUUUAGAUUUUAAGAUAGUCCCCUUAAAUUGUAUGUAUUAGUUUAGUGCCUGUAAAAAUAUAAUUCGAAAAUUAGAA